AUGGAGGAGGAUAAAGAAUCACGUGAAAGGGCUAUGAAGGCUGUGGAGGCCAUCUUCGAACGAUACCACCUCAUAUCGGCCUCUAAACCAUACCCAGGCUUCGACACUCACACCAUGAAUUCUCUCAAACUCGUAGACGCCUCCUCCAAAGGAACAGUGACCUACCACCUUCUCAUUGAUCCCUCAAUGACCAACUUGAAUAGUGUAAUGCACGGUGGAGCCGCUGGUGUAAUAUUCGAUAUGGCUACCAUGUCCGCUCUGGGUCCGCUAUCAAGGAAAGGAUAUUGGGAUUUCCUAGGUGGUGUGACUAGAAUUCUGAACUUGAGUUUCUUGAGAGGCGUGCCUGUUGGAACCACGGUAAAAAUUUAUAGUGAGGUUGUUCAAUUAGGAAAGACUAUGGCCAUGAUUCGGGGAACGAUGUCAAGUCUGGAUGGAAAGACGAUCUAUGCAACCUGUGAACAACACAAAGUCGCCGUACCAACGCAACCUAAGCAUUUAGAGUUUAAGGUUGGGUGGGAUGAUUUGUGGGAUAAGGAGGGCGUUGAUGUUGGUAGGGAAAAGUCAAAACUAUGA